CGACGUCUUUUUUUGCUGUCGCGCAGCUCUUCCCCGUACUCGGCUUUUUUAUUUUAAUCUAGCUCCGUGAGCCAUGUCGGGUCGCGGGAAGCAGGGCGGCAAGGCGCGCGCCAAGGCCAAGUCGCGCUCGUCGCGGGCCGGGCUGCAGUUCCCCGUGGGCCGCGUGCACCGGCUGCUGCGCAAGGGCAACUACGCGGAGCGCGUGGGCGCGGGCGCGCCGGUGUACCUGGCGGCCGUGCUGGAGUACCUGACGGCCGAGAUCCUGGAGCUGGCGGGCAACGCGGCCCGCGACAACAAGAAGACGCGCAUCAUCCCCCGCCACCUGCAGCUCGCCAUCCGCAACGACGAGGAGCUCAACAAGCUGCUGGGCAAGGUGACGAUCGCGCAGGGCGGCGUGCUGCCCAACAUCCAGGCCGUGCUGCUGCCCAAGAAGACCGACAGCCACAAGGCCAAAGCCAAGUAAAUCUCAUCUGACUAACAACCCAAAGGCUCUUUUCAGAGCCACCCACAUCUUCCUAGAAAGAGCAGGAACGCUUGAUCCCAGGAAUACACGCUGUGUUGAUGUAUCUGAAAACUUGAAAUCUUAAGGGGUGGGGUCUAUAAUGUUAUGUGUCUCUGGGCUCUGCCUUGGUGUUCUGUAACUUCCUCCCUUUUUUCCUAGAAGUUACUUAUGUAAGCGUGCGUCAGUUAACCUUUUUGAAAAAAAUCAAUAAAAGGCUGCGGUUGCCAGGGAUGAAAUCGGUCACCGCUGUAUGGUUUGAGAAGAGAUGUGGGCUCUGCAAGGCUGCGCUCGCUGCCUCCCAGCCGGUGGGUUCCGUGGGGGGCAGCGCCGCUCCCCGGGGCAGGAAGGGCGGGGCGGGCCGGGGCGGCCAAUGCGGCCCCAGCGCGGGGCUUUCAAACCGCGGGGAGCGGGGCCCUGCCCUCGGCUCCAGGGCCUCCCGCAUAGGGGUUCCUGUUGCUUGCUGCUUUCUGUGCUUCUCUUUUCUCUUACUUGCAGCUUAAACCUUUCAGGCUUUAAUAAAACCGUAAGUGCUUUCCUGGGGCGCAGUCUAGGAGGGCUUCCAAAAGGUGGCAUCAGGUAUUUUGAAUUAAGAGUUCAUUAUUGUGAUGGGUGAUGGUGACAGCUGCAGAACUGGCUCGAGUGUCAGUUCGUGUAGGAAAGUCACAUAUGCCCGGGAAGGGAGUCAGGAUGUACUAGUCUGGCCCUGAACUGGUGUUUUAAUUCUUUCUCCUUCAUCCUGGCAGCAUGAGUGGUGUUUAGGAGUGCUCUUGGCGUUUUUCUGCAAAAGUUUCCUUUACUUAUAAAUUAUGUUCUCCUGGAUCCUGCUGCCUUUGCUUCUCUGAGCUCUUAAGUACCAUUUUUUGCUUUGGUAGCCUUAGUUGUCAUUUUAGGGCCCUUGGUUGCUACAGCUGCCUGGGCCUGCUUGGCUGCGGGAGCCCCUGGCACCCCGAGAAGGGGGCACGGCCAUGGCGAUGUGGAAGCUGUGUUCUUUGGAGCUGCCAGCCUCUGCAUCGCCCUUCUCGGGGUGCCAGGGGCUGGAAAAUCCCGGUGACAGGCGAGGGAUCGGGAUUGGCAGGGAGGAGCUUCCGCGCCAUUGGUGCCUGCGGGGCCGCGCUGCUGGGGACGGCGGCAGCUCCUCUCUCCCUCCUCUGAACAGGGCAGAGGGAGAUAACGUGGGAGUGCCCGGCUGAAAUCUCGCUUGGAAACAAGAUAAGAAUCGUGGGUCUGUUUCUAAGCGCUAAAUUAUGCCUGGAAUGUUUUAAUGCAAUUGCUGCAUAUCUGAAUUUCUCCUGGCCAGUCAUUCACAACUAAUGGAGAAGGGCAAUAUGUUCUUCUGCCUCGGGACAGCGGAUUGCCGUGAGCCCGACCCUUGUGUGCUUUCCCUUCGCCUCUGUGACACCCCUGCCGUUCCCGUGGCUCCAUCGCUCUGGAGCGCUUCCCCGGGGCCGUAUCUCGGCCCGGCGGGGAGCGGGGGCCGCAGGCACCGCCCGCCUGGGCUGCAGCAAUUUCCAACCAAUCCUGCCCGGGAAGCAGCUUCCCUCCCUCCCUCCCUCCCUCCUCCUCCUCCUCCUCCUCCUCCCCCAUCCCUUCCCCUCCAUUCCCUGGCUCCCUGCCCUGCCCCCGACUCCUUUUCCUUUCCCUAAUCCUCAGCCGGUGACGAUGGAUCCACUGGAGGACACCGCGAUGAGUGACGAGCAUCUCGCCCUGCCUGCUGUAAAACCAGCCCGUGUCUUGAAAUCUUCCAGUAUUCAUUUUCUCAACUGCUAAUUUGUGUUUUUUUACUGCUGUUUUGUUAUACCGUGGCUGCUGCCCGGCCUAAAGCGGGAAAAACCCCAACUACCGAACAAAAACAAACAAAUAAAGCCCUAAACAACCCACCACAAAACCGAAACAACCCAAAGAGCAUUGGGGAUGUUCCAGCUUGCUCUGUUAGGAAAUAUUAUUUUGGUUCUGCAGGCUUCAAAGCUGAGAGAUCAAUGGUCCAUACUACAUGAUAAAAUACUUCUGUCAGGAGCUCCUGAUCAUUGCAUCCUUCCCUUCUCCUCGCCCAUUCCGUCCUGGAACACUCAGUGCAUGGCUGCAGGUACAGAAACAGCCCUGCCACAGUAACAGGGCUGAUGCAAACAAACCUUUUCUCCUCCUCAAGAGGCACCUCUGUGUAUCAAAUCUUGGAGGGGUUUGAUUGUUUCAGGCCUCUGCACUCUUCAUACAAAUGAUGCCUCUUUUCUCUUAAAUAGAAAACAAGUCCUCUUCCUGUAGAAGCUACAGGUUUUUCCUGUCGUGGGAUUCCUUUAUCGCCUUCACAAGUAUUUUCUGAGGGAAUCAUGAGAAUACCAGCACAAACCAGGGUGCCAGCAACCUGGAAACCCAGGGAAAACACAAAAAAGCAGAAGUUAAGGACGCAAAUAGGAGCUUUUUUGAGGGUGAGUUUUUUGUUUGUUAGUUUGGUUUUAUGUUUUGGCCGGGGUUGGGAGGGAGGAAAGGGUAGAGUCACUUUUUUUGUUUGGGACUGGUGUUUUUUGGGGAGAGGAUUUGGUUUUGGUUUUUUACCUUACCAAAAAACCAAACUUGAUCCUAAGGACAUGCAUGUAGUGAAAUGGAUCAGUUUAUGAACUACUUACCACCAGUGUUAAGGCUUGUGCAAGCAGCUGUGUAGUGCAGAAUUGAUUUCUGUGAGGAGAGAGAUGGCACCAAUUUCUUCUUUCCACACAAUAUCUUUCUCUCUUCUCUCUGAUUUGAAAAAAACCUAUAGAGUAAGGAUCUAUUUACUUUUAAAAACUGCCUAGGAAAUUUAGACAGCAUUUCUGAUGUCAAUAACCCUUUGGCUGUAACUAAUUAGAUUAGACUUCAUAAGUUUGAUAUAUAUUUAACUACUGACCUCCUAGGUAGUAAAGGUAAGCAAGAACAUAUUCACUCAGUGGUCAUUGAUCUGAAGGUGUCCUAGUAAGCUUAAUAGAAAAGCCAUUUUAAGCAUUAAAUCAGCUUUAUCACUUCUCUCAGAAAUUUCUUUGCCUCUUGCAAUAGUUUAUUUAUUUAGAGGCCAGAAAUGUGCACACUGCUGGGUGGAACUAUUUCACACAAUGCUACAAUGGCACAAAGAUACAAAAUCCUGUUUUAUUCUCUUUUCCUUUUCUGGUGAUUCUAGACAUUCAAGUAACAUUCAUUGUAGUGCUUCUGAGCAUUGAACGCAUUUGUUCAAUUUAUUUAUGGUUUUCAAAUGUGGAAGAUUUUUUUUAUUAGGAUCAAAUUGGAAGGUGCAGUAAAGGUGGAAAAUGGUGGUGAGAGAGUUCUGAAGAGUGAGUUGGGAAUCAGGCACAAGGGGAGGACAGGCAGUGAAAUUGGAAGCCAUAGUUGGAAAAAAGUAAAUAAAUGAAAAUUUAACUUUAAAGAUUCUGGUAGUAAUUUAGGUGCAUACUGAGGUGUGGAGGGUGCGAUUCUCCUUUAUUGUGUGCGGGUAACCACAGGGGCUGCACAGGGAUUGACAGCUUGGAGUCUCCACAUCAGUAGGGUGCACAAAGCCUUAAUUUUGCUUGUGCUGCAGCUUUCAAAAGUAUUUUCUUUUCCUCUCAGUGGAAUUAGACAAGUUCUGUAGUAUCUAGUCGUGUUGAUCAUCACUCUCAGCAAAAAUCCAUCUCUAUUUUUAGCUGGGCUUGUACAUUUCAUAUGAGAGUGCUCUGGGAUGCUCAUCUCCCUAGGAAGAUGCAAAAAAAGAUAAUUCCUUUCCCUCACAAAUGUUUCAUCUAAAUUAAGUAGCAGUAUCAUAAGCUUUUCCUUUAGGAGAUGAACCAAAUCUGUGUCUGUGAUUUCAGUAUUUCUAUCAGGAUACUUUUAGCUGAUUUAAAAAACAUACCACAGAGAGUUUCUAAGUUAAUAUUAAUUCUCCUAAGGAUGUAAAAAUACAUGUGCUGGCAGAUCCACUGAGAGAUCAGUGACUCCUUCAGCUCAGCUAACAGCUUUCCUGAAAAGAAAAGCAGAUCAUUAAAGAGAAAACAAAUUUGAAAAUCACAUUGUUUCAACAGCCUCCUCAGGGGGAUAGUUGCCUUUGGGGAUGGACAGGAGUGUUGGGAGGAAAGUCAGGAUGAGAGAUUGAAAGCAGAUGCAGAGGGGAAGAGAAGUGCUGAAUUGUUGGCACUCCUAGAGUGAGCAAAGAAGUGGAGGCACUCUCUCAGUCAUUCCUGCCAUCCCCAACCUGUCCUGCAACACUGACCAUUAAACAUGAGACUGACCAUAAAGUAAAAGAUGUCAUAUAGGAAAUGAAGUGUUAUUUCAGAAUUUAGUGAAUUCAGAUUGCUUAGAACUCCUUUUCACUUUUUCAUAACAUUGAAAUGUUUGAGUUCCUGUAAACAGGUUGUUUGCUUCUCCUUUUGGUUUAAUUUUGUCUAUCUUCAGAAGUGUCCUAAUACUUCAAUAAUAUACACACUGUUAAUUUGUACCCACUGAUGCUGGUAAGAAGUUUAAAAAAGCAAUACACAAAUAAAGCAUGCUAAAAUAAAACCAAGAAAAUUAAACUACAUGGUAUGGGAAAAGAUAAAUUUGGUAAGCAUUACACGGACAGCCUUGAAAUAUAGAGUAUUUCCCUGAAUAACCCAAGCACACUGUAAUGCAUGAAUGUGUUCUAUGUACUUUUAUAUUGCUGUCAUACCUACAAGGAUUCUAUGUAAAAUUCGCCAUAAUAAAAAUUUACUCUAAAUAA